UAUUGACAAAAUGUUACAAAUAUCGCUCAUAGGCGUACUAUUAUUCGUAUUAUGUAAGCAGAAUGACUUACUCGCCUCGGCCACGCCGUUGGAGGGCCAAGGUAGCCAUCCCGUCGCCGGCCACAAGUAUCCGUUCGUCGUGUCCCUGCGAAUCCGAGUUCCCGGAGAUCCGGAGGGUCAGCACUUUUGCAGCGGCUCGCUCAUCACCAAGCAGCACGUGCUCACCUGCGCCCAUUGUCUCAACGACGAGCCGGAUCUGCCGGGCCUGAUGGUGCCCAUGAAGGUCCAAGUGAACUUUCAGAUACCGGCCUCGGUCAUGGGACACAUCAUGCUGGUCGAGCACUGGAUCACCUACGACCAGUGGGCCAAGCAACACGGAGUGCCGCUGCAGUUUGGCGACAACGACAUCGCUAUUCUGAAGCUUUGGGGCCAGGUGGAUCACUUCUCUCCGGCGGCGAUGUCGCUGAUACCCGACGGCUACUCGGGCCACGUCAGAGCCAUCGGCUGGUGGUACACCAAUCAGGGCUUGACCGUCAACGACUUGAUGGUCGCCGAUCUGAAGGUCAUUCCGCUAGAGGAGUGUCACGCCAAUUACCGCACGUCGACCAACGAGGUACUGCUGAUGCGACACAAUAUCCUGUGCACCAAGUCGGACGACGCAGCCACCUUGGAAUGCGGCGACAGUGGCAGUCCCUUGCUGGACGAGUAUAACUCGGUCGUCGGCGUGGCCGAUUCGUUCUGUCUCGGCAGGAAUCAGCAAAAUCGCCUCGAGUCGAUCAUGUUCAACAUGAACCUCAAGUUCUACAAAGGCUUCAUAUACCACGUCACUCACGGCCAUUAAAUUUCAUCAUUAGUGCAUAUUAAUUAUAGACUUAAA